AUGCAGGGCCUGCUGGAGAUGCAGCGGGAUGAAGAGCCCGAUAUUCUCUUCCUGUCUGAAACAAAGAUGGACAUGAAGGGGAUGGAGCGCAUCAAAAUUGCGUUGAACAUGCAACACAUGGAAGUUAAAGAUUGCGAGGGUAGAAGUGGUGGCUUGGCAAUCUUCUGGAAGGGUAGUGUCAAGCUGAAGGUGAACCCUCUGAUGACCCGCUACCACAUCGACGCGGACGUCACGGGGGAUGAUGGUUUCGUCUGGAGGUUGACUGGUGUCUAUGGUGAGUCGAAGUCCGGGGAGAAAGAAAAGACCUGGAGGCUCCUCAAGAUCCUCCAUGGUCAAUCAAAUCUUCCCUGGGUUUGUAUGGGGGAUUUCAAUGAGAUUUUGUUUGCCGACGAGAAACAAGGUGGACAGGACAGAUCCCAAGCUAGCAUGGAUAAGUUCGGGAGUGCACUUGAGUUCGUGAGUCUGGAUGACUUGGGGUUUUCGGGAGACCCUUACACGUGGAGAAACAACGGCCACACGGUCGACACCUACAUCAAGGAGAGACUAGACAGGGCGGUGGCCAAUAUGGAGUGGAGGAUGCAUUUCCCGGCUUACAAAGUGAUCAAUGGCGAUCCCCGUCACUCGGACCAUCGCCCUGUGAUCGUGCUUCUUGAACCUGAGCCCUUUCUAAAUAGGCCCAAGGUGACGGCCCAACCAAAAUUUGAAGCUAGAUGGCUUGAAGAGGAGCAAUGCGAAGAGGUAGUCCACAAUGCUUGGUCCAUGGCCCUUCUCUCGGGCGAUGUCGUGGUAGCUGAGGCUAUCCGGAGGGUGGGCUCUGAUCUCCAUUCCUGGAGCCGUGAGGUCUUGGGUGACCUAAAAAACAGAAUUAAAAAAGUCAAAAAAGAGUUGGCAAGAUGUAGGAAAGAGGACAUUUGCCAGGAGCAGGUCUCUAAAGAGCACCUACUCCGUUACAAGCUGGGAAGGUUGCAUGAGCAAAAAAACAUGUACUGGAAGCAAAGAGCUAAGGCCCACUGGUUGAAGGAUGAGGACCAAAACACAAGCUUUUUCCAUGCUUGCGCUUCUGAGAGGAAAAGAGCCAAUCUCGUUAGAAAGCUCAAGGAUGAUAAUGGUGGCGUGGUGGAGGGGGAGAAGGAGUUAAAAAGGUCUCUCGCUGAGAUGAAUGACUCACUUAUGCGAAAGUUCAGCUCCGAGGACAUUAAAGAGGCUCUCAAUUCUAUGGGAGAUUUGAAGGCCCCAGGUCCGGAUGGCAUGCCGGCUGUUUUCUAUAAGAGGUUCUGGGAGCUGAUUGGUGAUAAGGUGCAGGAGGAGGUCCUAGGUGUGCUAAAUGGUGGGAAUAUGCCCACGGGUUGGAACGAGACUAUCAUUGUGCUUAUCCCCAAGACGCAGAAGCCUGAAAAACUCAAGGACUUGAGACCGAUCAGUUUAUGCAAUAUCAUCUACAAGAUUGUGGCGAAGACGGUGGCCUCGAAAGGGGGCAGGGAUGGAGUGGCGGCUGUCAAACUUGACAUGAGUAAAGCAUAUGACAGAGUGGAGUGGUCUUUUCUUGAGAAUAUCAUGGUGAAAAUGGGGUUCUCACCUAAAUGGGUGAACUCUGGUGAUGAAGCUACGUGCGCACUUGUUUCUUACAAGGUCAAGGCAGCUGAGGAUGGCACUCUUGAUGGUAUCCAGAUCUGCCCCAAUGCCCCCAAGAUCAAUCACAUGUUCUUUGCUGAUGACUCCAUUAUUUUCAUGAAAGUUAAUGAGGCGAGCGCAUUGAAACUGCAAAGCAUUCUCAGAUCGAAGAGCAAAGCUUUUGGUUUCUUGCUUGAGAAGGUGUGGAAAAAGAUCCAAGGGUGGAAGGAAAGAUUUCUCUCGAAGGCUGGGAAAGAGAUUCUUGUCAAGGCGGUGGCCCAGGCAAUUCCAAUUUUUGCGAUGUCAUGUUUCGACCUCACCAAAACGUUCUGUGAUGAUCUCAGUUCUAUGGUCUGCCGCUACUGGUGGAAUAACCAAGAUGAAGAGAGACAUCACUGGCUGAGCUGGGAAUUACUAACAAAACCUAAAAGCGAGGGUGGCCUUGGUUUUCGUGAUCCUCAUAUUUUUAACAUGGCUAUAGGGGUUGCCCUUCUCAAGGAGGGCCCGAUCCGGCGGGUGGGAGAUGGCACCAACGUGAAGAUCCGGGAGGACCCAUGGCUUCCGAUAGGCGAAACUAGAAGACCGCGAACCGGGCCUGGCCACUCGGAAAUCUCGAGCGUCUCUGAGCUUCUCAACCCUUUGACCGGCGGCUGGGAUGAGACUCUCAUCAGCGCUCUGUUUGCUCCAGAGGACGCUAAGACUAUCCUUUCUAUUGGGCUCGGUGAUGACCCGGAGGACAGGCCGGCCUGGCAUUUUGAUCCCAAGGGAGCUUUCUCAGUUAAAUCUGCUCACAAAGUGGGCGUCACGUCCGAGGACAGGAAGAAAGGGAGGGAUGCUGCAUGCUCCCGUGCUGCAACCGAAAACAGUGUUGUCAAGUUUAGGUGGAACAAUAUCUGGCAUCUCAAUGCGCCAAACAAACUGAAGAUGUUCGUGUGGAGGGUCGCCCAUAACAGCCUGGCAAUUCGCAUGAAGAUUCACAAGCUUGGUGUCGACCUUGACACCAGAUGUCCGAUCUGCAAUAGACUGGAUGAGGAUGGUGGCCAUGUUUUCCUAAAAUGCAAAAGGGUAAAAGAAUGCUUGGAACAACCUGGGGCUGAGCGAGACUAG